CUUCUUUGUCUCCGGCCCAACAUUACGACACCAGGAGGUGGUCAUUAUUUUUCCCUUUAAGUUUGGAGGAUAUAUUUACACAUAUAUCCAUACAUUUUCUGUUAUUGAAUGACAGUCGACUCUGAAAUAUUUAUGCCUAAAAGUAAAGCGCCCAAGAUGGAUGACCUGGACUACAUCCCAGUAGACCUGAGCCCAGAGGAGCGCUCUGAGCUGGAGGACAUCCGCAGGAGGAAGGGCGUCCUGCUGCAGGAGAUCCAGAGGCUCCGUGAGGAAUUAAGAGAAGCCAUUUUAGAGGUGGAGGGACUGGAGACCAGCACAGAGGGCAGUAAAACUCUACAGAAAAGUAGGCAUGUGGCGAUGGGAAGGAAGAAAUUCAACAUGGACCCUAAAAAGGGUAUCGUGUUUCUGGUGGAGAACGAGCUGCUCAGACACACCUCAGAGGACAUCGCUCAGUUCCUCUACAAAGGAGAGGGCCUCAACAAGACUGCUAUAGGAGAUUAUCUCGGAGAAAGAGACGACUUCAACAUCAAAGUUCUUCAGGCUUUCGUUGACCUCCACGAGUUCACUGAUCUUAACCUCGUCCAGGCUCUCAGGCAAUUCCUGUGGAGUUUCCGUUUGCCCGGUGAAGCCCAGAAGAUCGACAGAAUGAUGGAGGCGUUCGCUCAGAGAUACUGCCACUGCAACCCCGGCGUCUUCCAGAGCACCGACACAUGUUACGUGCUGUCAUUUGCCAUCAUUAUGCUGAACACCAGCCUCCACAACCCGAAUGUGAGGGACAAACCCGGAGUGGACCGCUUCAUCUCGAUGAACCGAGGCAUCAACGAGGGGGGAGACCUGCCGGAGGACCUGCUCAGAAAUCUCUACGAAAGCAUUAAAAACGAGCCUUUUAAGAUCCCAGAGGAUGACGGCAAUGACCUGACACACACCUUCUUCAACCCCGACAGAGAGGGCUGGCUUCUCAAACUUGGGGGACGAGUGAAAACCUGGAAAAGGCGAUGGUUCAUUCUCACGGACAACUGCCUUUAUUACUUUGAAUACACCACAGACAAGGAACCGCGAGGUAUCAUUCCCCUGGAGAAUCUUAGCAUCCGAGAGGUAGAAGACCCAAGGAAACCGAACUGCUUUGAGUUAUACAUCCCCAACAACCGCGGUCAGCUGAUUAAGGCGUGUAAGACAGAGGCUGAUGGGAGAGUAGUGGAGGGGAACCACAUGGUGUACCGUAUUUCCGCCCCCACACCUGAAGAGAAGGACGAAUGGAUCCACAGCAUCAAAUCUGCUGUCAGUGUUGAUCCCUUCUACGAAAUGCUCGCUGCCAGGAAGAAACGUAUAUCACUGAAGAAGAAGGAGGAACAACCGUAGAUGAUUCCCUUCAUUCACCUUUCCCUGUCUUCCUUUGUCCUUCUCAUCUCUCCCUCUAACACGGGACACAUUGUUUCUGCCCCUACCCCUCACUACCCGUUCAUACCUUUUCUUACCUCACCUUCCCCGUCCCUGAGCACAUCCUCUCCCCAAUACGAAGGCGUCUUGCUAUGCCGUCUACCAGACUUUAGAAAGCCGCACACUCACAGUGGCUGCCUCUGUUACCUUGGUUCUUACACUACUGCUAUAUACAACCCGACACACUACAGCCAGAGCACACGUCUGUCCCGUCACGUCAUCACAUUCCUCUCUCUCUUGUUCAGCAUUUAGGUGAACGAUUCAAUGUGUCUUAGGCCAUGUUUACACUAAUGGAGAGGAUUUUGAAAACCAAGUCUUUCCUGUUUUUAUCUUUUCAUCCACACUUGACAAAAAAUUGAGGAUUUGAUGAAGCUAUGAGUGCUGUGAUGCAUUUUCUUAUUCACAUCUGCUCCGUAAACCACAAAGAAAACUUUCAAAAACUGCAGAAAGUUGCUCAGCAGAAAUGCACAAGGUUGAUGGCUGCAGCAGCUUAUGCAUGCUUAAUUGAAGACAUUUUAUAUUCCUCAGCUUGAUUGGUUUUUCAGUGUGUAUGACAGACUUCAAGAACACUAAUGAGCUUUAAUGGGAGAUUUAUUUUCAUUAGUGUUAACAUGGUCUUAGUCAGGUAUGGCAAGCAGCUUCAGUUCAUGUGAGAAGGUCUUUCACAUUUAUUGAUGCCGCCUGAAUGAGAAAUUGCCUUCUUUUAAUUGUGCUUGCCCCGAGACAAAAUGUGAACUCACUAAUCAAACACUACACAGAGUUAUUUUAGACUCAGAGAAUUGAAGAAUCAAAUAUAAACUAAAGCAGGAAGUGAUUUCAGAUUACUGAGAUGUUCCCAUUGCUCCCUAUAGUACUCUGUAUAGCUUUGAUACACAUUACUACUGUCUACACUUAGAUACUGUUACCAUAAUCUGAGGAAAAUGUCACUGCUCAUCACUGUCUAUAGUUACACAAGAAUUAUAUCGCCAAGUUACUGUUGAUCUUCAAGUACGGUCGUUUUUGAAGGCAAGAAGCUGAUUUUAGGAGACAAAGAUUAGUGUCUUCUCUUGCAGAUUGCUGCUUGUUUCAGCUCACUGAGACAACAUAUAUGUUUCUUAGCAUGUUUAUUUUUAACAUGUUUCAGCAAUAGUGGAGUAGAAAACCGUAGUAUCAGUGUGGAAGCUUGUUAACAAUUCCUUUCUAACACUACACUGAGCAACAAUCAUCAUGUGAUGUAAUUUAAUGGCAUGCCACAAAUCAUUUCCUUCCUGCUCAAGGCGAACACUGACAUCUCUCUCAUUAGUAAUAACUCUGUCAUUUACCUGUUUAGAGCCGGGUCUGUCCGCUAUAGUUAGUUUCCAGAAAUCACAAAGGCAGCUCAUUACAAUGUAUACUUUUUUUGUAAAUAGAUGUUAGCAUAUUUGUUUACGAUACACAUAGAAAUAAUUUAAUUUAUUCUUUAUCUUUUGUUAAGAACCAAUUUUUUUGUACGAGCUACUGUAGGACUGCAUGUUGAUAAACGGAGACCUCGGCCGUAGGUGCCGGCGUGUCGCCGAUCAUGCUAGUGCACUGAUUUGAAAAGUGUUAGUGUUCCCUGUUGACUAGAGGAAGAUUUAAUGUGGAAGUUGAUUUAUGCAUAAAGUAAAUUUUCCUGAUUGAUUGUUCUGACUUUGGAAAAUAAGAAGAUAUUGAAAAGAUGUUUGUAGUUUGAUUCCAGUCUGACCACUGUUGUUGUUUUUUUGAGUGAAUCAGACUCAGUGAAGCACAAGCAGUGAUUUGUUGAACUACUAUUAAGUACAUCUUUGUUUCCUGUGCUACCCAAUGUUCACCUGAACUGUAAAGAAGCUUUUUUAUCAGGUGAAAUUCAAAACUUUCAUCAUACUACAGUGACCAAAACAAGGUUCAUUAUGUGACAGUAAGAUUAUUCAGAUGUAAUGAAUCAGUAAUAAUUUUAGAUUUGUGUCCAGUGAUAGAUUUCUUCAGUAAACAGUUAUUUCCUGAACUGUAUUGAAAAGGGCAUUUUUAGAUGGUAGGAAUAAUAAUAGCAGCGCUACAGUAAAUGUCUUCUGCACUUUAUCAAUUUUAGCAUUUUGGAGUAAAUGCUGUUCCUUUGACUGACAAUAGUCCAACACUUUGUAGCGCCAUCUACUGGUGAACACACUCACAACAAUAUGCUGAAGGAUGACCCGUUAACUGUGUAGAAAUAUAUAAUGCCAUCUGCUGGUCAUUUCCAGCCACAACAGUUUCUGACCAACAUGUACUGUAUUUUUGAGCUUCAUUCUGUUCACCUGAUAAAGAUCAUGUUGCAUGAAGCUGAAUGGGGUCUUUUCUCUGUGAUAGAAACAUGUAGACCUUAAUUUAAAGACACAGCAAGUAAAUGGUCCUUCUCAGCACAGAUGUAGGGUCUUCUUUAACUCUUCUAUAUCUUUCCCCAAAUGUAAAACUGACAAAGGCCUAAUUUAAUAUUUCCAUGUUAGUGCUUCUGUGUGUUUCGACACAUCAUGUGGACUGUCUGUAAGCCUUCACUCUGGGUAUUCUUGAAGUGCAAAGUUGCCAAAAAAAACCCUGGUGGUACAAUAAAUGUUUCCAUUAAACAAAAUAAUGAAAUGAUCCAACUGAAACUGGGGCCUCUUUGACCCCAGAGCCACCUCUUUCAGAAAAUGUUUUUUUUUUGUAUUUAUUUAUUUUUUAAUUACUGUGAGGUGAAGAUGGAUAGAUCAUCUGUAAAUGUAGCAAAAGGAAAAACCACAAAAUAUUGGUGCCAGUAAACUACUGUGUAACAAUAAAAAGAUAAACAGAGA